UCAGGGCCCCGCCCUGUGUGGCCUUGCCUGGCUUGCUCGAAUCCUACAACCUCUGCAGGCAGGUUGGCGGGCCGAUCCCAGACCCACGUCCCACCACCGGCCGGCGAAGAUCCGGGGAUGGGCAACGCCACCCGGCUCGCUCCAGAGCCAGCAUGGGUCUUGGUGAGGUGGGUGACUCUCCAGGAUGGGAGACAAGCCAAUUUGGGAGCAGAUUGGAUCCAGCUUUAUUCAACAUUACUACCAGUUAUUUGAUAACGACAGAACCCAACUAGGCGCAAUUUACAUUGACGCAUCAUGCCUUACGUGGGAAGGACAGCAGUUCCAGGGGAAAGCUGCCAUUGUGGAGAAGUUGUCUAGCCUUCCCUUCCAGAAAAUCCAGCAUAGUAUCACGGCGCAGGACCAUCAGCCUACACCAGAUAGCUGUAUCAUCAGCAUGGUUGUAGGCCAGCUCAAGGCCGAUGAAGAUCCCAUCAUGGGUUUCCACCAGAUGUUUCUAUUAAAGAACAUCAACGAUGCUUGGGUUUGCACCAAUGACAUGUUCAGGCUUGCCCUGCACAACUUCGGCUGACCUCCACCUGGCCAGAUCCUCACGCUGUUUCCUCCUCCCUCCUCUUCCCAAUACUAUCUCACUCCUCCAGAUGCUCCAAAUAUCAUACACAAAUGAGCAGGGCCGAGGUGGGAGUAGGUGCAGUGCGCUUCUGUCACCACGGUGUUGUGCAUGAUGUUUGGAUGCUAGACUAGUUGCAUCUGACAGGAGAAGUUUGUGUUGUACCAGCGCAUGCCUUGGAAAGACUUAAGUAAUGCAAAAGAUUGUCGGUUUUUGUUUUUGUUUCAUUUUGUUUUUUAAUCUACUGACAAGUUGCUCUAGUAACCCAAAGAAGUGAAGGAGAAAGCAGCUGCCUCACCGCCCAGAUAUUGAUUUGUUCAGAUGUUUCAAUGCCUCAUGAUACAAUAAAACCACAAAAAUUUUCUUAACAGUUUAAAUUGUUUUAAUUAGUUAAAUAGCUCUUUGGGCAUCAACAGUUCUGACCAAUUGUCUCUCAUUUCACCCUCCCAUCUCUGCCUCAUGUUAACAAUACCUGCUGCAAGGAGCAAAUUGACUGAAGUUAACAGUCCCAACCAAGUUUCUUUCAAGCCUGCUAGGCCAGAGUUCUCUCCAACCCACUUGGUCUUUGGAAAGCCUGGAGAGCUGGAAGCAGGUCUGGCCUGAAGCUUAUCUUGUACUGAAGACUCUAAAGUGAGUUCUGUCUGACACCUCCUGUAGCCUCUGCUCUGAGUCUAGUAGCAGGAUAGAUGAUUCUGUAGCUGCUAGAAAGACCUUGAUAAAUAUGGUUUCCCAUGUUUAGAUUCUAUGGGUUGAAGUCCCGGAUGGACCUGCUCUAUUCCCAAAAGGGUCAGGAUCACAUUCAGAGUGCCCACAUUCCCGAGCAAAGCAAGAGAUGUUGUACUGCCUGCUUGGGAUAUCGACCAGCCCCCGCUGAGUAUAGAGUAUAAAUUCUUCAAUAUGGAAGAAAUCAUCGUAAAGGAGUCUAGUUCUCCCCUCUCAGACUUUUGCAGGGCAUUUACACGUCACCUCCUUACCUUCCACACACCCUAUGCGCUCUUCAAAUCCCAGGAAGUCUUAAGUAUUAGGGCAGUUUCUGCCCUGCUCCUUAGUAUGGUCACAGGCCUUGCCUAGUACAAAUCUAGCUUUUCAUCCUUGAGACCUCUGGAUGAUAUAAAGCUGGUAUCAAAAUAGCAGCUACAGCCUAGGAUUGGUUGGGCACACCUGAAAGCUCCCUCUUCCCCACCCCCCCAUCUUGCACCAUGGGGGAGUAUCUUUCCUCAUACUCCACAGGUUGCCUGGUUACACCAGCAUAGUCCAGGACAGCACACAGGAGGUAUCAGUGGGACUGAUCUCUAAGAUGCUGUGUAUUGGGGGAUGUAGGGGUUGGGGAGAGGUAGAUACCAUCUGCCUCUUAAUCCACCCUGUAUAAAAUCUGCAAUACAGCUUCCAUGUAUCUGUGCCUGAAAUGUCUGCAAUAAAGAAGUGUUUGUAAA